UCAGUCUUCGAAGACCAGUUCGCGAAAGUGAUAUUUGGAAUGAAUGUGUCGACGACCUGUGAUCCAACGAAUCAGUCCUAUAAAAUAACAGUGAGCACAAGAACGAGCUCUGGUAGUCUGGAAUAUGAUGGAACUAUUAUCUUCUGGAAAGACAUAUGCACUGACGCAGUACUGACAUCCGUGAGAUGCAUCACCACAGCAGGUCCAGCAGAACUGUACAGAAAAGUAAAUCGGUCUCACGUGGCAAUUGAGUGGCAGUGGAGUUUGAGAGAUUUCCAUACUGGUCAGUUUAGGACUGUGCAGAAGGAAUUAAAGCUGAAUGUUUCCUACCCACCCCGUGUCACGAGUCUUACUGUGGAUGGACAUGAGGUCACUGGAAGUCAUCUCGUUAGCGAGGGUCAAGAGGUCAACAUCUCUUGCACAUUCGAUAAAGGUUCUCCUCCUCAAAACCUCUUUCUGAUGGAUGAAAACGGAAGCAGGUUAAAUGCUGUCAACCACCAACAAAGUCUUAAUUAUCUCCUCAUGCUCCAGUGCAAAGAAGAUUGGCCCACCAUCCUGUGUGCUGGAAACAACUCACAAAACAACAAAUCUGUGUCUUUCAUUGUCAAGUGUCCCCCUCAGUUUAUUUCCAAGUCUCCAAGUGUAGUGGAUGGCGCAACAUUUGUCAGCUGGAUAUUUAGCAUCAAGACACACACGAGACAAAUGCACAAAUGUUUCCUGACCUCAACAAUGUUUGGUGAAAAUUCAAACACAGCAGAAAAGUGCAUCCUGACUGGAGACCCACCUCGCCUGCUGCUCGUUAUUGAUGUUGAGAAGAAAAAAAGCGCCAAGGGGGGCAAUUGGGCACUAAUUCUACAAAAUGAAAUAGGUUCUUCAGAUAUGUUAUACUUCAGCAUGCCCUCUUCUGAUAUUACACCCUCAAGUAAGUAUUGGUUAGAAAAAUUAAAGUAAAAUUUUAUGUAGAAGUCUCAGUAAUUUACGAUAUCAGGAGUUUGGAUA